AGUAACCGCUAUAUUGGGGAACUUCAACGACCCUGUUGUACUUUCAAAGUAUAUUUUUCAUAAUUUUUGGUCAAAGAACAAACACAAACAAGAGAGAACACCGAACACCAAGAACGAGAAGAGGAGACAAAAGAGAAAUGGAGUAUCAAUCUUUUGGAAGAUACCAAAAACCAAAAGGGUCUAACAUAAAACAGGUAUUGAAGUUGAUGAUAGUUUUGGCUAUUUGUGUCUGGUUGUUAUAUCAGAUCAAUCACACAGAAACAAAAAACUAUAGCAGUCAAACCAAAUUUGCUGUAGGAAGUGGAGCUAAAUUUUUUGGACGGAAAGGGAUAAUGUCGCAAUCAGAUGAAAGAGCUUUUCCUGACUCAGGAAAGGUAGAUUCUGUUGGAGAAGUAGCAGAUGAGUUUAAGAGUGAUGACAACGAAAAAGAAGUACAACUCAGGGAGCUGCAAAAUGAUAUGCAUGUUGGAAUGAAUGCUAAACCAAAAUUCUCAUUGAAGGUGAAGGACGAGGAUAUUGAAGAAAACGGAAUUAAAGAGAAGGGAAACAUCAAGAUGCAGAAAAAUGUGGUGGAGAGUGGCGUAAAUGAUGACGAGGAAACAAAUGCAGUCCAAAGCUUUCGUGAUGAAAAUGGUGUUCCGCCUGACGUUACAGAAGAAAACUUUUCAACUUUUAGCAAAGUAAAUUGGCUUAAAAAGAUCAAUAUUUAUGAAGUCGCAUAUGGAGAAGAUAAUGAAGUUGAUAUGAAUUUGGAUGAAUUGAUGAAUUCUGCAACAGUCGAUGAAGAAAUUAAUGCAGGAAGUACUACUAAUGUUUUUACUUCAGGUUUGCAAUCAAGAAAUAAGUGGAGAUAAUUUAGGACCUAGAAUUAGAGUGUCUUUUUUUUCUAAAUGUAAGAACAUGUAUGAUGUAAUUAUCCACAAGGAAUUUUAAGGUACAUAUAUUUAUCUCAAAAGAUCACUAGCUGCAUGAUUUGCAGCUUUCUUUGCAUCGGGCCUAAAAAAUUGUAUAGGCUGAUAAAGUAAUAAUAUCAAUGAAAUUGUUAUGUUUAAA